AUUCAACAGAUGGAUGGCCCAUAGAUGAAGAUUAUAGUUUGUUUUGAAAGUUAGUAAAUUCGUUGAAAAUAGAUUAUUAUUUAUUCAUAAUAAUUAAUAUUACAUGAAUAAAUCAAUUAAUCAAAGUAGUUAUUGUAAUAUUUAUGAACGGAAAUUCGUGAUUGAUAUGAUCGAACCUAGUUUAUCAUAUUUAUUGCAUUUACAAUGACUGAUAAUUGUUUCGUGGACAUUACGAUAGAAUUUCUAGCAGUUGCCUUCCACAACAUUCUGUAUUACGCCUCUGUUUACCCGAAAAGUGUCUUCGAAACGAGAAAGAAGUAUAGCGUCGUAGUUUACCGGUGCAUGCAUCCUGAAGUCAACCAAUAUCUCGACCUGUGCCUCAAAAAUAUUGCAGAAAGUUUGAAAACCGAGCAACUGCGACGCACUGAGUUUUCCAUUACAGAUGAAAACUACAAACCUGUGAUCAAUUUCAUUUUCGAUUUUGAGAAACACAAACUGUCCGAUGAAAAUUCAGAUGCCUAUUUGAUUCAAGCUGAGCAAAAUCUUCGAGCAUUUUGCUUAAAUUUGGUCAGCAAUAGUGAGAAGUUCGUAGUUCCUGAUGACUGUAGUUUCUCGAUAUUUAUACACACAAACGAAUCUAAUGCUAUUGCAUUGGCAAAUAAUCCUGAAUUAGAGGACUUUCCUUUUGUUGAAGUUGAGGGGGCAGCAGAGGAGAUAAAUAAUAUUAUUCCAUUAAGAAGAUUUAAUGUAAGAUGUUAUAAUAUUGAUACCUAUGUAGAAAUAAAAUGAGGACUCACAUUUUACUGCAGCUAGACUUUAUGCAUGUAUAACAUUUACAGUCAACAAUUCAGAAGCUAAAAUGAUCCUAUGGCAUGUGUGAAAAAUAUAAUAGGAAUACUUAAUUGUACGUUUAAUUCAUUGUAAAAGGAAAUAUAUACUGUACUAACAUAUCAAAUACCA